UACGAAAUUCAAGAGCUAUAAUAUAAUGCUCUUCAAUCUCCUGAUUCUCAAGCAGAUCUUUUUAGCAGCCAAAAAGCCAAACUGAUUAGGUCACAUAUUAACUGCACUAAUCACGACUGACGGAAAGUUCUUCUCUCUCGGAAUAUUUUCUGUCUAAUCAGAGUGUUAAAUGGGUCGAGUUUCAUGGGUUCUAUCGAGGUGUGCUUAUAACAAGGAAACCAAAUAGUUUGACUUAACUUAACCAGUAGAUGAAAUCCUUAAUUGCUCAUUUCUGACGGCUACAUUCCGAUUACCAAGAACCUAAGUUUGGGGCAGUUUUGAUCAAGGGAAGCCAUAGUCACGCGCGAAAGAUUUUUAUUUCUCGUGCGCGUAAUACCUAACCCUAAGCGCUAACACUAGUAAAAGAAGCGCGCUUAAGUCCAAAAUUUCGAUUCAGUCAUGUUGGUAAAUACGAAUUAUGACGUACUUUUUCCGCUCAGUGUUUUUAAAAUCGUUCUCAAAUAGCUCACGGGUAAAGAAAUUGAGAAUUUGCAAAACGAGGAGCCAUGAUCGGAGAGGGAUCGACGACGAUUAAGGUCAGACUGAGAAGAAUCUGCUUAGUGUACGUGGCCAAGUUCAAGUCACUCACGCAAUAAAGAGCGCAUCUGGCUGACAAAAUUCAAUCUCUGCGGCGUCGAAACCCCUCGCGAAAAAACCUCCUGGGCCCCAAGACUUUAGAGAUAUCUGCUGCUGGAAAACACAAGUUUUCAAAUUGCUUUAUCAGUUCAAGACAAAAGCCGAUUCCUUCACUAUAAUGUUUCGUUAUCGCUCACUGUUCCUCCUCCAUUUCAUCGUACUUCUGGGUGAUGUUCUCGCUAAAUCUGCGGUGAAUCCGCGGAUGAAACGCGGUUUAUCUUCCAACCACCGCCAUCACUCGUCGAAGUUGUCAGUGAAAGACCUCGCUCUUGAGUUGGCAAAGAAGCACCUGCUUAAGAUGCUCCUUGAUGAGCAACAGGAUUUAGACAAAGCAAAAGAAAGUGUUUAUAUCCUGGAAAGAGAUAGAUGCACGAACAUAAAAUCUGUUGGAAAACCUAUCACGCACAGCACACGGCGAUAUACACAAGGAGCUUGGAUGAAAGACCCGUUAGGAAUCAUGGGUACUGAGUCCAUAUUCACCAUGGAAAAUUAUUACGGAAAUGUGAUCCAAGCCUUUGAAAACAUGGACAAGUUAAAGGCUGGUGUGGUUCACAAGACUUACUCUCUGCCUCACUAUUUUGAUGGAACUGGAGCAGUAGUGUAUGGACCAUACCUUUACUACAGCAGAGCCAAAACAGCCUAUAUCAUCAAGUACAAUCUUCACACAGAGCGUUUGGAGGCUCAAAUUAACCUAGGAUUUUCGACCCGAAGGAAUCAUUAUCGAUGGGGCGGAUAUAGUUAUAUGGACUUGGCGGUUGAUGAACAAGGAUUGUGGGUACUGUGGGGAAGUAAUGGAAACAGCUACCGUUUGUCUGCAUCUAAGAUAGAUGUCCACAGCAACAGAGUUAUCCAAACUUGGAGCUUGAGUACAGAGUGUCAUUCUAUGAAUUGCCUUGGUUCAAUUUUAAAUCUGCUAAUGCUAAUUGCUUAGAAAAUAAAAUGUGGGUAAAUGGCAAAAAA